CACUUCGUCAAAGAACACACUCUGAGCAAUGGCUUUCAAGUUCGUAUUCGCCCUCGCUUUCGUCGCUGCAGCCAGCGCGGGCUACGCACCCAUUCAUCCGGUAUAUCACGCCGCACCUGCCGCUGUUGCCGUACACGCAGCACCUGUAGCCGUUGCCCAGAAGGUCGUCGUCAAAUCGGAGGAAUAUGAUCCUCAUCCUCAGUACAAAUUUUCUUAUGGAGUUGAUGACAAAUUGACGGGUGAUUCCAAGAGCCAAGUGGAGGAACGUGAUGGUGAUGUUGUACAUGGUGAAUACUCGCUCAUCGACGCCGAUGGAUACAAACGUACCGUCCAAUAUACUUCGGAUCCCGUGAAUGGUUUCAAUGCUGUUGUCAACCGUGAACCUUUGGUAAAAACUGUUGCUGUAGCUCCUGUGGUAAAGACAGUAGCUCCAGUUGCUCAAUAUGCGUCACCAGUGGCUCAUUACGCUGCACCAGUCGCUCAUUAUGCUUCACCAGUGGCUCAUUAUACGUCCCCAGUGACCCAUUAUUCCACUCCAGCAGUGGUUAAGACAGUUGCGCCGGUUGCACACUAUGCCGCACCCACAGCACACUACGCUGCUCCAGCUGCUCAUUACGCCACAUACGCAUCCCCAGCAGUCGUGAAGUACCAUCAUUAA